AAGGAACCACACGCGCAGCCUCUUUCGCCAUGGCGUGCUACGUUGACUUUGAGACGUCCAUGGGAACGUUUACGAUGGAGCUGUAUAUGCAGCAUGCUCCCCGUACAUGCAAGAACAUCAUCGAAUUGGCUCGCCGUGGGUACUACGACAAUACCAUUUUCCACCGCAUUAUCAAGGAUUUCAUGAUCCAAGGUGGUGACCCAACAGGCACGGGACGUGGUGGCGAGUCCAUCUAUGGGGGAAAAUUCGAAGACGAAAUUACUCCGCAGCUCAAGCACACGGGUGCGGGGGUACUGUCCAUGGCAAAUGCCGGCCCGAACACAAACGGUAGUCAGUUUUUCAUCACGUUAGCACCUACUCCAUGGUUGGACGGAAAGCAUUCAAUCUUUGGUCGGAUUUCGGAAGGCAUGGGCGUCGUCAAGCGUAUUGGGCUCGUUCAGACGGGGGCCAACGACAAGCCACACGACGACAUUCGCAUUCUCCGAGCAUUGCCCAGAUAAAUGCACACAACAACAAAACUUUUUUUUCAAAAC